AUGAUAGAUCUUCGGGUCACCUGUAAGACGGUUAUUCUACCACCUAGCACACUCGAAUAUCCGGGCGCCCUCUGCACCAAGCGAUCUCGCCUUUUGUCCUCCUGUCAAUACACUGAGAGGAGAGAAACUAGGCUAGGAUCCAUCCCACAGUUCGCCAGGCUGCAAGAGUUGCCCUCCUACGGCGGGGUUUUUUUCCGCCUGAAAUCGGGGCCCAGAUCGCCCGACGGGGCGUCGCGGGCGCUUUCACAGACAGAUCCCUCGGCCCCAACCGAUACUGACCUCUCUUCGGCGCGUGAGCCCCGGAGUCCACUGGGAGAUGCGAGAGUUGCCAGCGGUUCGAUAACCUCCUCCUCCUCUCCCUCCUCCUCCUCCUCCUCCUCCUCCUCCUCCUCCUCCUCCUCCUCUAACUUCUGUCCCUCCUCAUCCUCCUCCCGCCCCUCCUCCUCCUCCUCCGCCCUCCCUCAACCCCUUCUACUCCCCUCUCCUCCUCCUCUCCCAGGAGGAGACUAG